AUGGGAUCCCGACAGCACGUCCGAGAUAUCAAAAGCGGCCCCCCGCUUCCCUAUCGAGAUGAUAUCAGAGCACAUAAGAGGGAGUAUGCUGAGGCCCUUGAUGCCAAGGACCCCCUUCGUCACUUCAGAGAAGAAUUUAUCAUUCCGUCGAGGAAGGAUCUGAAGAGGAAGACGCUUGCGGUUGAUCAAGAAGACGACUCGUCUCAGCCGCGGUGUAUCUACCUCUGUGGAAACUCCCUCGGGCUCCAGCCUCGCACUGUGCGAAAGUAUAUCGACUACUACCUCCGAACAUGGGCAACGAAGGGUGUCACCGGACAUUUUGUACCACACGACGACCAAUUACUCCCUCCGUUCGUGGACGUCGAUUCUGCCGGCUCCAGGCUCAUGGCUCCAGUGGUCGGGGCGCUGGAAAGCGAGGUGGCGGUCAUGGGCACGCUGACUGCCAAUUUGCAUUUUCUGAUGGCGAGUUUCUACCGCCCGACAAAGGACAAGUAUAAGAUCAUUCUUGAGGGCAAGGCUUUCCCGAGCGAUCAUUAUGCGGUUGAGUCGCAAAUCAGACACCACGAUCUUAGCCCGGAAGAUGCCAUGGUUCUCAUUGAGCCGGAAGAUCAGGAUCGUCCACUGUUGGAUACGGACCAGGUCAUUCGCGUCAUCGACAAGCAUGCUGCGGAGACCGCUCUGAUCCUCCUUCCAGCCAUCCAGUAUUACACCGGACAGUACUUUGAUGUCAAGAAGAUCACAGAGUACGCUCACUCCAAGGAUAUCCUGAUCGGCUGGGACUGUGCCCAUGCCGCGGGCAACGUCGACUUGCAACUGCACGAGUGGAACGUGGACUUUGCCGCCUGGUGCACCUACAAAUACAUCAACAGCGGGCCUGGUGGAAUGGCCAGCAUUUUCGUCCAUGAAAAACAUGGACGUGUAGAAAAGGGGGAGAACGGUCUUGGGAGCGAACCCUUCCGACCCAGAUUAUCUGGAUGGUGGGGUGGGGACAAGGAAACGAGGUUUCUCAUGGACAACAAAUUUAUCCCCCAAGCAGGUGCCGCAGGUUACCAGCUGUCGAAUCCCUCCGUCCUAGACUUGAACGCCGUUGUUGCCUCCCUCGAGCUGUUUAACCGCACCAACAUGUCUGAUCUCCGCAAGAAAUCCCUCGAGCUAACCGGCUACCUAGAACAUCUCCUGCUAACAUACCCUCUCGAUGCCACACCGGAGGAGAAGCCGUUCAAGAUCAUCACCCCCUCGAAUUCGGGGGAGCGUGGCGCCCAGUUGAGCCUGCGUCUGAAGCCAGGCAUCCUGGAGCAUGUCCUGCAGCGUCUCGAAGAUAACGGGGUUGUCGUUGAUGAGAGGAAGCCCGACGUCAUUCGCGUCGCCCCGGCACCACUCUACAAUACCUAUACGGAGGUAUGGGAGUUCUGCCGGGUUUUCUACGAGGCAUGCAACGCAGAGGCAUAG